AUGAUUAAGGACGGAGGAGUAAGUGAAGUAGAAAAAACAAUUGUCAACAGUUUGGCCAUUAUUGAACAUAUUGCGAAUCAAACUUUAGAUGCAAUCAUUGCCUUACAAGAGGAAGUCAAUGGUUUGUCUCAUGACCUGGACGGAGGAAUGUUUCGGCAAGCCACGUCCUUGGAGGAAUCGAAGGGAGACCUCAGAAGGAGGACGGGAUUGACAGCUGCUGUUUGCCUUCGAAAACCCAGACGGAGGAUCAGCAGCGGGGAAGGGAGUGCAAGAAAGCCAACCGUUAGCAAGGCUGCCCUGGCCUUGGAAAAAACGAGCUUGUGUCGACAAGGACAGGUCGGAAAAUCUCACCCCGUACAGGGGUAUCUUCCCAUGGAAAGUUCUGCAUUUGAGAUCCGGAUAUGGGACGACAUAGGAAAGGAACUGAGGGAGGAAAUCACAAAAGGCUCUAAGGAACUUGCUCGCUAUGGACCAUUGUGGAGGGCUCUGGCAGAAACUUUAAAAUCCAUGAAAACUGAGCGCCAAAUUACUGCUUCAGCCUUUGCCGCGUUAGUAGGCGGUGAAACCGACAAAAAGGAGGGCGGGACUGAAUCGGCUUCCCAGUUUCUUUUUGCUGUCCCUCCAAUCCCACUGCCAGUUACCGCGAAGGCGGCUCCUUCAAAAUCGAAAUCGUCAGCCGAUGCCUCCGUGGGGACGAAUGUACAGCCAGCUAGCGCUAAAGCGGUGGCUCCUUUGAAAUCGUCAGCCGGUGUUUCCGAGGGGACGAGCGUUACCGACGCUCCGGUCCCGCGGGAAACAGCGUCCGCUACUAAGCCGUCCGCUAAACAGCGGGAGGCGGUGUCUGCUCCUAAACCAUCCGCUGAAGACGCGGAGGGAAAGGCUGUUCCUGUUACUUCAGUUUGGCGAAAACAACUCGAACCAGAAAAGGUUCUCCCCCUGCCAGACCGCUCUCCGUUGCGGAGAUCGGCUCGGCGUCAGCAGAGCAAAAUGGAGGAGAGAGGAACUCGUGAUUCGGCGCGUAGAGCAGCAUCGUAUUCGCGAUCACCGUCACCCCACACCCCUUCGUCCCCAAGUUCGGACUCUGACUCUGACAACGGGUCAGAAGCUACGAAGAAUAAAAUGCAGAUGAAGGAGGUGUUACGGAGCCUGAAGGAGGUGGAAGUCUCGGUGGCUCCUCUGGUUGCACAGAGGAGCCGAAGACGGGAUGACCCUCCCGCGCCUACUCUAUCACUGCCAAAACCUGUCAAUGCACCAACGCAGACACAGACUCAUCUCAACACAUUCCUUCCGCUUCCCCCUCCGCUGCACUUCACACGACCGGAGAGGGGGAGAGGCGGGAGCGGGCUGCAGGGAGGAGGGAGCGUGAACGGGCUGCCGCUUACGAGCGCGGGCUCUUUACCAGCGGGCGGGGUUCGCUGCCGCUUUCGUGCGGUGGGAACUCUCUGCCUGAGGCUGGCGAUGGUUCGCUGCCACUUGCGGGCGGGAGCUCUCCGCCUGCAGGGGGGAAUUUGCUGUCUGCGGGCGGGAACAGAUCGCAGGCAGGAGGGGACGGGCUGUCGGUGAAUGCAGAGGCGCUCCUACCGAGCGGGACAGCGCUGUCGCCAAGUGACAAUCCAGGCGUGAGUGGGUUGCUGGUGGGCGAAAAAGCAAACAACGAUUGUCCGGUUCAGAGGUGGAAAGGAAUUCUGCGGGAUGCUAUGAUAGAGGGAGAGUUUUUACCUAUAAGUCCUGAAGCUUUCCCCGUUAUACUCAGUGCGGGCGGAAAUAAGAGCUGGCAACCGGUAGAUUGGAAAAUGUUAAAGGAAGCUAAAGCAGCAAUUACUCAGUACGGGUUAAAAUCAGGUUACACCACGUCCGUGUUGCAACAUCUGUUUGUUGCUACUUUGCUAACUCCCUAUGAUAUUAGGAUGAUGAUCACAACCUUAUUAUCUCUGCAUCAGCAACUACAAUUCUGUCAGAAGUGGCAAACUUUCUGUGAGGCAGCUGCUGUGACCGUUAGACAACAGGGAGAUCCGCUUUACGGGGUAACAUCUCAGAUGCUUUUGGGAACUGAUCCUUUUGCGCAAGUAGAAUGGCAGAUACUGGUGCUCGGUGGUUUCCUGAGAUAUAUAUUAAGCCAUGUGGCAGUGGAGACCAUGGUGGUGGAGACCAAGCACAGACCCAGAGAUCCGGAGGAGGGAGCAGCACCGUGCCAAACUAGUGCUAGCACCCUACCUGAAGGUACUGGGAAUCACGGACCUUCAGUCAGUUAACUUUGAGGAAGUCCUUACUGCAUUGCCUUCGGUCCAUGUGUGACCAGAAAAACAAAAGAUUUUGCGUGGAUGCUGUAAGCAUGGCUAUUACUGUUGACCAUGGUUGUUAAAACUGUGUGGACAGUGUGGGGGUCGUAAGUGGCGAGUUAUACGACAAUCAGAACCUACCUGGAGACACUUUUGGUGCACCACAUGCAUAAAUCAUAUGCAAGAAAUAUCCUUGGAACAACAAGUGGUCCAACUCAUAGAAGUAGAACCACUUCCCCAAGAAGGUUUUGUCACAGCCUUUCAGGUAGCCCAGACAGUUCGGGACAUUCAACAAAUCUUUUUAGCUGAACUGGCAGAAGAGUUACAGAAUCGCAUAAUAGAGAUCCAAACAGUACAAGUGGGGCCUGUUAUUAAAGUACAGUGUGGAAAAAACAUUUAUGUGCCUCGAACAUGGGAGGUGGAUUCCGAUGAAUGGAAGCAGGAGUGCUAUCGUUGGUACAAUAUAGAAAAAACAUACAUGUGCCUCGAUUAGGGGAGAUGGACAACAAAGACCUUACUUCUUAUUACAGUGUUAAUACCUUCCUGUGUUCAGCAACUGUUUUUCUUAUUUCAUAUGAAGUUUUCUUUAUGGGACUGCGGUAUUAGGUACAUUAAGUAAUUGUUAUUCACCAAAGAGUGUCUUUUAUUCAUAGAUUAUGUGGUUUGUUUAUUCAGGAAAGUUAACUAUAAGUGAUUAACUUAUAAUUUCCCUUCCUAUAAUCAAGUACUUGAUUAGUUGAUAAAAAGUUUUUGACUUUGUGUGAAAGUAUGAAUGUCUGUGGUGGCCACCUGCUGAAUGUGUGAAUGAAAGUGGUGUGCAAGAGAAAUUAUGCUUGCUUGCUGGAGUUGGAAGCAAGCUAACAGUACUCGAAUUUUAUCUGAAUUGUUAUUAGAUGUGGAUAGUAUUGAGUAUGCUGUAUUGCAGAAUAGAACUGCUAUUGAUUUUUUAGGUAUCACUGGAUAAGUAAAGGGGUUAUUGGUUCAAUGACUAACACUACUUUUAACAAUUUUCUGUAUGCUAGCUGUUAGUUGUGCCUUACAAGGUGUAGUGAAAUUAAUUCACAAGGCCUUUGAUAGAAUAUGGGUUGUUCAAAAACAAAACAGGGGAUUUGUGGAGUAUUUGCAGGGAAAUGGACACUUGGUGAACAACCCAUACUACCAGCUGUGAAAGAAGCCUCAGGCUUCCCAUUGGAAGAACACUUGAUUUACAGUUGGCAGUUGUAAACUUAGGUUAACUUCCCAUGAGAAUGGAAUUAGUUUAUAGUUAGCUUGAACAGACUUCCCAUGAGAAUGGAGUUAGUUUAUGAUCAACAACUAUUCCAUGUUAUGAGAACCUACGGUAGGAGCUGGUAUCCAGGUGCAAAAACAUCGAACCUGCAUCUUGUCCAAUGAACAUGAGACAUGGACUCAUGGACAGACUGAGCUAUCCAAUCCCCAGACUUUAACCCUGCACCUACGAUGGUACAAAAAUGUAUAAAAUGUGUGCUGUGUGUCUUAAUAAACGAUUCAUUGCUUAAUCAUAUUGAUUGUCGUGAUGGAUCUGUGCUCUUGCCGUCAAUAGCUACCUGUAGAAGAUUGUUGGGAUGAGGAGACCCUCAUGCGGCUCACAGAGGAGCUUGUGGAUGUACCAGAGAACUGAGACUUCAUGAAAAGGACUGAGGUGAGGCAGAGUCCUGUUGAAGAUUUUGUGACCCUAAGGGAAACCUACGCUGGAGCGAGACUGCUCAGGUAGGAUGUUGGGAUCCAUGCUAGACCCAUGCCGGAGAGGUCUAUCAAGGACUGUUCUCCCAUGGGAUGGGACCUCCACAGGGAAACAGGGGUGGACUCAUAAGCCAUUAUCCCCUGUAACUCCAUGGAAGAAGAUCCAUGGUAAGCAAGUGUCCCCUUGCAAGUCUAUGGAAGAAAAGACCUUCAGGACCUGGGUAACCCCCAGCCUCCGGUCUUAGCCCAGGACGGGGGUAGGCCCAACCCUGGAGGCUAACACAGAGCAAGAGAGAAAGAGAAAAGAAUUCCAGCUGCAACAAGAGUGCUGCAGAGUUACUGAAGAGACCUGGAACUCCGAGAAUGGAAAAAGAAACUGCUUUUCCUCCUUGGACUGAUAUAAAGGGGGAAGUAUUUCUGUAAA